AUGUCCCAAGUCGAUCUUCAAGCCCUCCUCCAAUCCACUCAGAAUACCGAAAGAGAAGCUAGGAGAGAUCUAUCUUCAGCUUCUGAGGAACUCGCGGCUCUGCGUGCGUCUCAUGCGAGAGAGAUUGAUGAUUUGGAGAGGACGAUAGCAAGGAAAGAUCGGGAAAAGAGGGGUCUGGAAGAUGAGUUAAAGGAUAGUAGAGAAGAAUUGAGUAGGGAGAGGGAGACGAUACGACAGUUGAAGCAAUCCCUUGCCGAACAAUCCACUCAACAUAUAACGCUCUCCGCUCAAUUGCAAGCUUCGCAAAUGCAACUGACCAGCGUCCAAGCAGAAGUAGAACGAGCCACUUUGCGCGUGUCCGCCAUGAAAGCUGAAUUGGCUGUCGGUCAGGAGAACGCUAAGAAAGCUGAGGAAAUGGCAGUGGGGAAGGUCAAAGCAGCUGAGGAAGAAAGAGAUAGGCGGAUAGCUGAGAUUGAGGAAGAGCUGAGAACUGCUGAGACGAUAAGGAGAAAAUUGCACAAUCAAGUUCAAGAGUUGAAGGGUAACAUAAGAGUAUUUGCUCGUGUCAGACCGGCUCUCGCCCAUGAAUCGUCAUCGCCUGAAGCUCUUGCUGAGAUCGCUUAUGGGGACGAACGAACGGCCCAGGAGACUGGUCAAUCUCAGAUAGUAGUGAAGAGCAGAUCGGAAAGUGCGACUGGACAAGCGAGAGAACAGGAAUAUCCAUUCACUUUUGACAAAAUAUUCGCUCCUCGUGCUGGCCAGAAGGAAGUCUUCGAAGAGAUUUCCAUGUUGGCCCAAUCGGUUCUAGAUGGAUACAACGUGUGCAUCUUCGCGUAUGGCCAGACGGGUUCCGGUAAAUCUUGGACUAUGGAAGGUGGUCAGAACGAUCAAGACGCGGGUAUGAUACCUCGAGCUAUCGAUAUGAUCUUCACCGUUUCUAGUGGAUUGAAAGACCGAGGAUGGAAAUAUCAGAUGGAAGGGCAGUAUUUGGAAGUGUACAAUGAAGUGAUCAACGAUUUACUUGGUAGUGGUCAAUUCGAUUCGAAGAAACAUGAGAUCAAAACUGUCGAUGGGAAAGUAAGCGUGACAGAUGUAGUCAGCAUACCACUCAACAACCCUCGUCAAGUAUCUGCUUUACUCGAACGAGCAAGUAGUAGACGUGCGGUAGCUGCUACGUUGAUGAACGAGCGAUCUUCAAGAUCCCAUUCGGUAUUUACGCUGAAAGUUAGAGGUGAAAAUCCAUUGACUAAUGAGAGGUGUGAAGCUAUGUUGAACCUUGUCGACUUGGCAGGAUCAGAAAGAUUAGAGAAAUCUGGAGCGGGAGAGAACAAAGAUAGGAUGAGAGAGACUAUCAACAUAAACCGAUCUCUAUCUGCUUUGGCGGAUGUGAUAGGUGCUUUGGGAAGUGGAAAGGAAGGUGGUCAUGUUCCUUAUAGGAAUUCAACUUUGACUAGGUUGCUGCAGACUUCUUUAAGUGGCUCAAGUAAAACACUCAUGAUGUGUAAUCUGUCGCCUCUGUCGGUACAUCUCAACGAAACGCUGUGUUCCCUUAGGUUCGCUACGAAAGUCAACUCAACUGUGGUGGGACAAGUUAGAAAGCAGGUCGCUAGGUAG